ACCCAUACAUUUAGUUCCCUCUACAAAAUCUCAAUCUUUAAAAGAAGCACCAUGAUCAGUCCCAGGAAGCUCAUCAAGUUGGCCAAGAAAUGGCAAAAAUUUGCUGCCAUCAGGAGGAAGAUGAUUUCCUUUCCAAUGCAGAAUGAGGGCACAGACGGUUGUAGUACAUCGUAUGUGGGUAGCAAAGGGCAUUUUGGUAUCUACACAGCUGACCAAAAGCGGUUUGUAGUUCCCCUAGCUUUUCUUGACAACGAAAUCAUCAGGCAACUAUUAGUGAUGUCUGAAGAAGAAUUCGGGCUUCCAAGUGAUGGACCUAUUACAUUGCCGUGUGAUGCAAUCUUCUUGGAGUACAUCAUAUCUCUUCUCUCCCACGGUGCAAGAGAUGAGCUUCAGAAUGCUUUGCUCCUUUCAGUUGCUUCUAGUCGUUGCUCCUCAGUUUUAUAUCAAGAAGGGAGGAACCAGCAAUUGGCUGUUUUCUAACUUGAUUGUCAGCAUUUUUUUAUUUUUGUAAAUGAUAACAAACUAAAUGUAGCUUUGUACAUCUAGCUUUCAGUUUUGAAUAUGAUGAUUUUCAAUGAACUAAAA